AUGAGGUGGUGUCGAAUCAAGAGGGAUCCGGAUGCGGGUGGGAGUACUGGAAAUGACAGCAACAAAUUGAGUGGUGGAGAGUUCAGACUAGACGGUGUUCUUCUCCCAAGAAAUUUAGAGUCAAAAAGCUCAUCAGCGAUGAAACAUUUGACGAAACGUCUCAAAGCAAUUUAUGAAGACGAGGGACUUGAUUAUGGUGACGUGGAUGACGAUGAAGAGACGAUUGUCGAUCGAUUUAGUAUGCCCGACGCUUUAACAAUUUCGACUUUGUUAGAAGAUCUCGUCAAACAAGGACACAAAGUACAAAAAGAGCUACGGUGCAACAUUUGUUUUUCAAUCCCUCAGCAGCCAUGUCUAACAACUUGUAACCAUCUAAUUUGCAAACCUUGCUUUGAUGGAUGGAUGAAAGAAGGGAAAGGGCCGAAACAUUGCCCUGUUUGCAAGUUUGUGAUAGAUACGAGAAGAAACGCUGAAGUCGACUACUUGAAAUCGUGGACUAACAAAUAUCUGCAAUUUGCGAAGACGUUUAUGAAAGAAGUGGCCACAUACGAGCAUACUUUCGAAGAUCCUUUCAUGGAGAGCCAGCAAGUUUCGCGUGAAACCCAAACUUUGGAAACUUCAAACACCACAAUCGAUUUAAAUGGCUUGUUAGCAGAUGCGCCCAUCACACUUCGUUCCAUAUUCACAAACGUAACGGGGUUAGAAGAGGCUUUAAAGAAGAACAUUGAUGAAUUGAAGUCUUGGGUAAAGGAGAAUAGCAAUGAUGACGAGGAAAUGGUUGAAGCAGCGGAUUUGCAACAUAUUGAGAAUGUUUCGAAGCCCGUUGUAUUUUUUUGUGGAUUAUCCGAUUUUGAUGAAGAGGACUUGUGUUCCGAAUUUUGCUUCGCUUUUCACAAAGAAGUUGAAAUUACUCGAAGCUUAACAAAUGCACAAUGUCUCGUCGUUAUGGGGAAAAGAGAGUAUGCUGAACAUUCACUUGCCUAUCGAACAGCAACAACCAAAGGAAUGAGGAUCAUCGAUGGAAGAUGGGUCAGAGACAGCUUAAGAUGUCAAAAGCUCUGUGAUAUGAUGGAUUACGCCUUCAAAAACGAA